AUGGAGCAAGAUCUGCAGAAAGUGGCCGGCAAAAGGGGCGAAAAGAAGAGCUUGAUUGAUCCAGAUAGCCAGACCGCCAACGGUUCCACCGGUACUAACGGCUAUGGCUCCAGCUCUUCCAACUCUACAGAACCUCCUCAGUCCCCUUUCCAUCAUGUGCCUCCUUACCGCGUUGGCACGACUGAACCCGGAGGCCCACUGUCACGCGCACAGUCGAAGCUAGAGGCCAGCGAUUACCAUGGCGUAAAUAACAAGUUUCCACGUUUGUCACGUCCUGUGGAACUACUCAGACACACCUACGAUGUAGUUGUCAUUGGUUCCGGCUAUGGAGGGGGCGUUGCAGCAUCACGCAUGGCACGGGCUGGCCAGUCAGUAUGCGUCCUCGAAAGAGGCAAGGAGAGAUGGCCUGGAGAGUAUCCGUCAACCCUGGCCGAGGCUGCACCGGAGAUCAGUGUCUCUGGUUUGUUCGCUCCUGGAGACAACCCAGGGACGCCGGUGCAGAUUGGUGAUCCCACGAAAUUGUACCAGCUGGUCAUGGGCGCUGGGCAGAACGCAUUUGUUGCGAGUGGUCUUGGGGGCACCAGCCUCCUCAACGCCAAUGUCUUCCUCAGAGCAGAUGAUGGGACGAUGAGUCUCCCGGAAUGGCCAAAAGACCUUCAAAAACCCGGUGCUCUGGAUGAAUACUAUAACCGUGCUAGCCAGAUGCUGCAGCCUGAAGAAUAUCCAGAGGACUUUCCACCUCUGCCUAAGCUGGAGCUGUUGAGGAAACAGGCGGAGCUAUUGGGACUCGAGAAGAACUUCAAACGCGUGCCGCAGACGACGAGAUUUGAAAAUGGCCCGAACUACGCGGGAGUUCAAAUGCAAGCCAGCGCGCUUACUGGCAUGGAUAGCACUGGUGUCAACGACGGGAGCAAGUCGUCGACCCUGGUGACUUACAUGAGCGAUGCCUGGAACUGGGGGGCAGAAAUAUUUUGCGAAUGCGAGGCGCGCUACGUUAAGAAGCACCCUACUCAGGAGGGAUAUCUAGUAUACUUUGCCUGCCACACAAGCAAACGUGGACUGUUUAAGAAGAACAUCUACCAUGAUCUCAUGUGGGUUCAUGCAAAGAAGUUUGUAUUCCUAGGUGCCGGAGCUCUAGGCACCACCGAGAUCCUCCUUCGCAGCAAAGCUCUUGGAAUGAAAAUGAGCAGUCGUGUUGGCAAAGAUAUGAGUGGCAACGGUGAUAUUUUGGCCUUCGGAUACAACACCAACUACGACGCCAACGGCUUGGGCAGCCCCUCUCCCAGUCCAGAUAGACCGGUUGGGCCUACUAUCACUGGAGUCAUUGACUGUCGUGCGCAGCCAAACCCCUUGGAUGGCUUUGUGAUCGAGGAGGGUGCCAUUACUGGCGCAUUGGUACCAGUGCUUCAAGGUUUGCUGGAGUCUCUGCCGGGCAAGACCUUUCCCCGGCAUUAUACCCUCAAAGACAAGUUGCAGCAUCAUCUAGCUCGACGGUUGAGCAGGCUGUAUCCUUACGCGCCAAUGGGAAGCCUGGAAAAGACACAGACAUAUCUAAUCAUGUCUCACGAUAGCAACCAAGCAGUGAUGAGCAUGGGAACAAACGACAAACCAACUCUGAGUUUCUUGGGAGUGGGAAGAAGCGAUCACGUUAAGUAUCUCAACGGGAAACUUGCACAAGCCACCAAUGCAGUAGGAGGGACGUACAUUAACUCUCCUUUCUUUGCUGCCUUGGGGGAACAAGAGAUCACGGUCCACAUCAUGGGUGGAGCAACAAUCAGCAGUGAUGAUACUGGCGUCAACGGGGCAGUCAACCAGUUCGGCCAAGUCCUUCAAGGAAAAGGGAAAGAAGUCCAUGACGGACUUAUCGUUGUGGAUGGUGCAGCGUUGCCCACUGCAUUGGGUGUCAAUCCUUUCGCAACGAUUACCGCUCUCGCUGAGAGGUCGGUCGAGGCAGCUGCAAAGCGGAAGGACCUCAGGAUUGACCUUAUUACACAGAAUGGUACUCUUGACCUCUUCGGCCGGCCUGCUCAUCCAAAACCUAUGGACAAAGAACUUCGUAAAGCCGACCGGAUUAUCCAGAUGGCCAUGGCCUCGGAUUCUGAAGGAAUCGAAUUUACUGAGGUCAUGAGUGGGUAUAUCAACAUCGAAGAUCAAGUCAACACUGGCAAUGAGACUGCCGACUUUGCGGUGGCGACGGACGCGGCUCAGGCGGCUGGCAGUACGGCGAGGUUCUUCCUCAGUUGUCAUGCCUGGGACACUGAUGAAUUGAUUGGACGAUCAGACCACCCUGCCAUGCUCACUGGAACAUUUACCUGUGCUGGCUUGCCGGGCUCCCCGUUCAUGGUCCUGCGCGGUGCCUUCAACCUGUUCAAUGAAGACAAGCGUACCCCUGACACGACCAACUUGACCUAUGACUUUGACAUGAUUUCCACGCGUGGAGAGAUCGUCCAUUUCCAUGGCUACAAGAUUGUUGAUCGAUCAAUUGCAUUCAAGCCUUGGUCAACCUGGAAGGCCACUUCUACCCUAUAUGUCACCUUGACCAAGGGCGAUCGCACGGUGGGAAAAGGCACCCUGCAUAUCCUGCCGCAAGACUUUGCUUCUGAAUUGUCCACGUUCACACCUCAUGGCUCGACAACUCUGUCCAAGAUGUUCUCGACCGUCAAGUUCUUGACCUUCUUCGCCCGGCAGGUUUUGUCGAACUUCCUAGGGCCCUUGGGCUUCAUGCAAUUUCCCACGACCACCUAUCAAGGCUACGAAGUGAACAAAAAGCCACCGGUCGAAACCAUCAAGGUCACUUCCACUGACAAGAUAGUGUCCACCCUCCAGCGAUGGGCACCGACAACGACCUCCUCGCAAGGUCGGAAAGUCCUGUUCAUCCCCGGUGCAUCUGUUGACCAUCAGAUCUUCGCCCUCCCCACCAUCAAAACCAAUGCCGUCGAAUACUUCCAAGCCGCCGGUUACGAAGUGUUCUGCAUCACGCACCGCACCGGCAAGACCCCGAAUGCCCAGCGAGGGUUCACUACGUACGAUGCUCGCCUCGACAUCCAGGCAGCGUUCGAAGAGAUCCAUCGACUCCAAGGUUCUGCCAGUCCCAUCUAUGUCAUCGCCCACUGUGCUGGAUCGGUCGCCCUCUCCGCCGGCCUGCUGGACGGCACGAUCAAUUCGAAAUGGAUCAGCGGCAUGACUGCAUCACAGGUGUUCUUCAAUCCCAUGUUUGGCACCGUGAACAAAGUCAAAGCCUCCCUGCCGAUCCCGUUGACGAAGAUCUACAAGCUGCUUGCUGGCAGUUGGUUCUCCUGCAUCUCCACCGAGCAUGAUUCUCUCGUGCAGCGCUUGUUGAACCAGGUAGUGCGACUGUAUCCUGCUGGAUCUCCCUCCGAACUGUGUAACAGCGUCGUCUGCCACAGAUCCGAGCUCGUGUUUGGAAGACUCUGGUCCCACAAGCGUCUCAACGCAGCUACCCAUUCCAACCUGUCCAAGUUCCUCGGUGGCACCAGCAUGAACGCCCUCAGUCAGCUCAUGUACCAAGGCACUCAUGGCGAGGUGACCAACAACAUUCUCGAGUCCUUGGUCAGACCGGAGAAUCUGCAACGGCUCAGGGGCCUUCCGAUCCUCUUCAUCUCUGGCACUGACAAUGUAGUCUAUACGCCAGAGAAUACUGACAAGUCGUACACCACGCUGACCACCAUAUUUGGCCAAGGGAUAUAUCAACGUGAACUGUUCCCUGGCUACGGACAUUUGGAUUGCUGGAUGGGCGCGGAGGCCGUCAAGGACGUGUAUCCUACUGUGCUUGCGCACGCGGAAAGCAUAUUCAAUGGUGCUGCAAGAGACUGA